GCAAAACAUAAGACCGACUUUAACCUUUCUAACUCUACAACCCAAACAACACACCACAAGCAAGAAUCCAUAGCAAUCCCCAGCCAUGGAAGAAGAACACCCCCGCAAUACCCUCCUUGGCGACUUAGUGGAAAACGACGUGACCUACGAGGAUUUGAUGGUCGUUGAGCGUGACUUGUGGGACGCUGAGGUUGAAAUGUGUAUGUCCUCCCCACCAUUCGCCGCGACACCGACACGAUGCGCCGACAGAGACAGAGCCUCAACCACUUGAAAUUAAAUGCCUCUGACUCUGGAAUUGCAAUCCUAUUAUAUUCAAGUCUCAUCUGCAAAACAAUUGCUAACGCGCUUCCUCCCAGUACGCCAUCAAAUAGUUGUCUACGAACAUAUCUAUGCCCGCCGUGCAGCAUUCGCCGAUCGAAUCAAAAACUUCUGGCCCCUUGUCUUUGAACAAGCACCCCCAGAGAUUGACAGAUACUUCACAAUUGACGACCAAAAGAUCCUUCUAUACUCUCUCCUCUCCUUCUCCGUCCACAGAUUCGAGUUCGACACCGCUGCCCCAAGUAAAGGAGAUCCCCGAUCACUCAGCUUUAGAUUCACUUUCAAAGAGAAUCAGUUUUUUGAGGAAACCGUUCUUGAAAAGAAAUUCUGGAAUCGGAUGGGAAAGGAUCAUAUAUGUAGAUUGGUCAGCGAGCCUGUCCGAAUUACUUGGAAGGAGGGAGUCAAUAAGGAGAAAUUUGGAAAUGAUCUGACGUAUGGGGUGUUGGAUCUGGUUUGCGACGUCUUCGAAGCAGAGAAGAAAGCUACCAAUGGUACGCCGAAGGCGACGAAGGAGUUGGCGCGUUUACAAAAGGAAUUGAAAAAGGAGAUUGAAAAGGGUCUCGGUGGACACUCAUUUUUUGCUUGGUUUGGGUAUGUUGGACCAAAGAUCAGUGCUGAGGAGAGUGCGGCGAAUACUGCGAAGUAUGCGGAGAAGCGAAGGAAGGAAAAGGCUGGUGAGGUACCGACUGAAGAGGAGAUUGAGGCGGCAGCGGAAGAGGACGAGGAUUAUGAGGACCAUGACGAAAGUCGGGAGAUCUUCCUUGGCGGUGGUGAGACACUUGCUACUCAUCUUGCAGAGGAGCUGUGGCCAGAUGCUCUCAAGUUUUUCGGUAUGUUACCCCUCCUGCAUAAACACCUCAUGGUUUCUUCUAUGAAAGCCACUCGCUGACACAAACCAGGACUUGCACUAGAAGAAACCACAAAAUCCGACUCUGAAUUUGAAAGUGACGAUGACGAUGACGAUGGCGACGAGGAUGUUGAUGAGCAACCCGCAAAGAUCCCAGGACCCGACGGUGAAGACGCCAAGAUCGCAGAAGAUGACAGCGACGAUGAGAGACCAAAGAAGAAGCGUAAGAACUGAGUGCGACAUGACACUGAUUGGGAUGGAUAUGACUCUUCGCAUUCUAGUCUACUGCAUAUGGGAUACAUGAAGUGAAAUGACAACAAAAAUGGGCUGGCUAGAUUUGCCUGGUGG